AUGGGCAGCGCCAUUCUUCAACGAGAUCCGAAGAUUGUCGACGAUCCCUGGGCCUUCCGGCCUGAACGCUUUAUGGCCGAGGCCGUGCAAGCACGCAAGAACGACCCGUUGAAGUCCCUGCUUGACCACAAGUUGAUCGAGAAGCCCUUCUCCUUCGGAGCUCGCAUGUGCCUUGGUGCACGGCUUGCGGAAAUGGAGAUGAUGAUCCUCAUCUCCCAGAAACAUGGCGGAAAGAUUACCUGA